UCCAUAAGAUUUCUUUUUUCGUUCUCAUGGAAGUUAAAUCGAAGUUUUACAAAAGGAUAAUGUAGCGACAAGGUUGCCUAAAAAAAAAAAUUGUCCCUUAAUUACAGACGUCUGUAUGUUUGUUAGUAAGUCGACCUUGUGUUUUGGUUUUUUUUCUGGUGAGAAAGUAAAGAAAAGAAGAGGAGAAGUCCCCAUUGUUCGAACUGGAUCGUCUAACGCUUCCCAGAUUCCCUGUUCCUGUGUGGAAGACGUACCGGAUGGAGGUGUCGUGUCUGGAGCUGGCGUUGGAGGGUGAGCGGCUCUGUAAGGUUGGCGACUACAGAGCAGGCGUCUCCUUCUUUGAAGCUGCCAUCCAGGUGGGCACAGAGGACCUGCAGGUGCUCAGCGCCAUCUACAGCCAGCUAGGCAAUGCCUACUUCCACCUGCACGACUACGCUAAGGCCCUGGAGUUCCACCGGCACGACCUCACCUUGACCAGGACUAUUGGUGACCUGCUUGGAGAAGCCAAAGCCAGUGGGAACCUUGGCAACACAUUAAAGGUGCUGGGGCGGUUUGACGAGGCCGUGGUUUGCUGUCAGAGGCACUUGGACAUAGCAAGAGACAUUAAUGACAAGGUGGGUCAGGCGCGAGCUCAGUAUAACUUUGGGAACGUGUACCAUGCCAAAGGCAAAAGUAUCUGUUGGAGCGGAGCUGAGCCUGGAGAUUUCCCAGAGGAGGUCAUGACGGCACUGAGGAAGGCAGCUGAGUACUAUGAGGCAAACUUGGCGAUAGUGAAGGAGCUUGGGGAUCGCGCUGCUCAGGGUCGGACCUAUGGUAACCUUGGCAACACGUACUACUUAUUGGGAAACUUUCGCAAAGCGGUAGCUUCUCACCAACAGCGCUUGCUCAUAGCCAAGGAGUUUGGCGACCGCUCGGCAGAGAGACGGGCUUACUGCAACCUGGGGAACGCUUAUAUCUUUCUGGGGGAAUUUGAAGUGGCAGCUGAGCAUUACAAGAGGACACUUCAGCUGGCGAGGCAGUUGAAAGAUCGAGCUGUGGAGGCCCAGGCCUGCUACAGUCUGGGCAACACCUACACACUUCUGCAGGAUUAUGAGAGAGCCAUAGACUACCACCUCAAACACCUCAUCAUAGCCCAGGACCUCAAUGACAGGAUUGGGGAGGGCCGUGCAUGCUGGAGUCUUGGCAACGCUUACACGGCACUAGGGAACCACGACCAAGCUAUGCACUUUGCUGAGAAGCACCUGGAGAUCUGCAAAGAGACUGGAGACAGGAGCGGGGAGCUGACGGCUCGUAUGAACGUAUCUGAUCUCCAGAUGGUUCUGGGUCUCAGUUAUAGCACUAAUAACUCCACUAUCUCGGAGAAUAAGGAUAUUGACUACAACCUGCAUGGAGCGAGGCCCAGGAUGAGCAGAAGACGCAGCAUGGAGAACCUGGAGCUGAUGAAACUCACUCCAGACAAGAUAAAUGGGCAGAAGUGGAACAGUGACAUCCUGACCAAACAGCCCAAACCCUCCCUGGUUAAGAGCUCCUCCAAGCUGUUCUUUGUCAGCCGUCUGCGUGGGAAGAAGUACAAGGCUGGUGGCUCCAGCAAGGUUCUCCAGGACACCAGCAACACCCUGGACACCAGCCAGACAGCCGCACAGGGACCACAGAAGCGACUCAGUCCGGACAUGCUUGGAGACGAGGGCUUCUUUGAUCUGCUGAGCCGUUUCCAGAGCAACCGUAUGGAUGACCAACGCUGUUCAAUACAGGAUAAGGGCAGCAUGUUAUCAUUAAGCAGUGGUCCAGAGUCGCCUCCUAGGGUCAUCAGGAAAUCUGUAUCAGAGUCUGCCAACGUCUCUGGCGCCCAUGGCCGGCGGUUGGAGGAGUCGUCAGCAGCAGGGGGAAGCCUGCCAGGGCUCAGGCUCAACCAGAACAGCAACCAGGCCGUCCUCAGCCACCUGAUGGCCAACGCUGACAGUACCGAGCCUGACGACAACUUCUUCGAUAUGCUUGUCAAGUGCCAGGGGUCUCGCUUGGAUGACCAGCGCUGUGCCCCUCCCCCUCCUCCAGUCAGAGGGCCGACGGUACCAGACGAGGACUUCUUCAGCCUCAUCAUGCGCUCGCAGGCCAAACGAAUGGACGAGCAACGCGUCACCCUGCCUUCAGCAGCUGCAGCGCGGCCCAGCUCCAACUGAACAAAGCACUACAGGGACAGCCAGGUUUUCUUUGUUUUCAUCUCAUGAAGGUGUGGACAGCGUUGUGAAACACCAGUGGGUGAUCGCUCACAAGAAAGCCCUGUAUAUAUUUACACAAGUCCUUUUGGACAAAACAAAGCACUGUCAGCAUCACAUGUAGUAUACAGUAUGAAAAAAAUCUCAAAUUAAGGUGGACUUGUUUCAUACAACACCAACAAACUCAGCAGUAUCAGGGAUUAAAGUGUUGUUUGUUUUUUAUCUUUCUGUAGUCAUUUCACCCUAUGUGUAUUUUUAAAUACACAACUGCAAUUAUGUCUGUAUUUAUUGUCCUUUUUUUUUUUAAUGAUUGUUAUGAUUUUGCCGUCCCACCACUAUGAUGUAAUGUGGUUUCCCUCACAGUGGUGUCUGAGUCAGUGUGGUCACAGAGGUACAGCACUCUUUCCAUGUAUUUUGUAUAUAUGUGUGGUUUUUUUUAGAGGGUGGGGGGUUACCAAAUACUUUGCUCAAAAUGGUAUUUUGAGCAAAGUAUUUGAUAAAAGAAUGAAUUGAACCCGUGUGUGUGUACAGCCCCUUAUGCUCUUUGUACAAAAUGUUUUUAUGAUAAAGGAGGAAUAAAGCCUCAUUCAUGUAGGCUUCUUGUUUUUGCUUUUUUUUUUUAAAGUUUGAUGUGAAAGGUUCAUACCAACUAAAGACAAAAGAUCCAGCUUGCGUAAAAGACACUUUAUUGAACGUACCAGCAGUCAGACUUGAGUUAGCUUGAAUUAAUUUAAGUCACUUUUAAAAACAAGAAUAAGAAAGGCUUAAUACAAGAGCCACUAGCAUUUCAAAAACAUACUAACUGUACAUACAUAAACACAACUGAAAUAAAUACAUCUAUGUACGUAUUAGUUUGGCCUUAUUUGUUAAAACAAUAUAUAUACUAUACAUUAACAUAAAAUAUGCAUCUUUGUAAGUAAAUCAAUAUUAGAAGACAAUGUUAAAACACAAAGUGCGCAUGUAAAAUACAAGAAAAUAAUAUAAUGCAUAUGCACCAAAUACUGGUUCUAAAUAAAUAUCAAAACACCCGUGCUUCCAUUCAGAUUUCUUUGUCCAUAUGGUUGGACCAUUGCUCGGGGCAAAGAAUGCCACCUAACGUUGUUAUAUCGUUCCAGCAGUAAACAAACCAAAGCUUUUAAACACUGAAGACUCCUCAACUGAAUGCAAGGGCACCCAACCACAAAUUACACUUUGUAUUUCCCUUUGAUGCCGACAUAAUAACAACCUUCCAUUGCAAGCAAGCCAUCGCAAGACACUGUAACAGCUUCAGCGCAAAAAAACACUGAGUUCCAAUUCAAAACAAAUGCACAAGCUAAUUUACACAUUUUAGUUAGACAUCAGCACAUCCCACGGGGAAGCAACAGCUGAUAAAGGACUUCUACAGAUUCAGCCUCCUGAUAGGAAAAGCCCACUACUGACACACUGAAAGAAUUACACUACGCACUAUAAAUUCAACUUGUUUUCCCAAACAAUAGCAGCAUGACAUCAGCUGUAAGAAAAUAAUAUGCAAAAGAAGUAGGAAUGUAGGACUUCUCAAGGUGACUUAACAAAAUUUGAUCUUGAAAAAUGACCAUAUUAUCGAUUUUGUUUGUUUGCUUUUACAUUUUUCUUAUGGAAACUGAGAACUCAAGGAAGGCACCAUCAUGAACAAAGCACUCUGUCCUGUCUAAUCUCGACAACUCCUCUGUGAAAAGGACAUGCAGCGGCUGUAUAACGAGUGACUAUGUAGAUGAAGUGAUGGUGAGCAAAAAAAAUAAUUAUCCUGCUGUUUAACCCCUCGAGAUGAAGACGGUGUGACGAUGUGCAAUGUGAGUGAUGUAAAAAAAAAAAAAAAAAAAAAAGGAGAAGCAGCAGCAUGUGUGCUUUUGAUGUUUCACAGGUUUGUAUCCAUUUUGGUUUCCUACAGACAGAAGUGAAGUGAAAGGCCCAUUCACCUGUUUGUGACUUGAUCUGUGUGUGUGUGUGUUUUCAAGUGUCUAGUGUUUUGAAAGAGUGUGACGGUGUUGAUAGUGCAGAAGGUGGAGGGUUUAGGGGGAAUGUGUGUCUUUCAGAUUAUAACUGGUUGUCUGUGUGUGUGUGUGUGUGUGUG